ACCGGCAAAUAAACCCGCGCCACCGAACUUGGCAACACUCGCGUACAUUCCAUUCCAGCCAGAAACACAUCACGCACCGAUCAAGCAACCACCUGUCUCUCUGAGCUAGCUAGCUUAUUACUUUGGAUCGAGAUCGUCAUCGAUAUGGCUUCGUCGUCGAGGCAGCUGGCGGUUCGUCUCGCCAUGAUCGCGCUCGCGCUCGCUUUCUUCCUCGCGUGCGCGGGCGUCGCCAGCGCCGCGAGGCCGGCACCGGCAGCGUGCGGCGGCGGGGAGGAGGUGGGCACAGGCACAACGGCGGCCGCCGCGUCGUACCUGCACAUGUACCCGGCGGCGGCGGUGGUGGAGAAGGCGAGGGAGACGGUGGAGAUGCUCAUGGCCAGGCUGCCGGCCGGGCCCAGCCCCAAGGGCCCCGGCCACUAGCGUACGUAUCGUGGCCAUCGGAUCGGAUCGGUGUACGUACGCGUUGACACGUACGAAACAGAUGGCGUACGGAUCGAGCCUGUGUAUAGAUCGUCUCUGUGGGCGGCCAUGAUACUAGUAUAUACUAGUUAUAUAAAUUGUAUGUAUACUCCGCUAGCUAAAGUGCUAAGAGCACGUAGUAUACACAAUUAUUAUAUAUGAUUCUUUGAUUGAUACCUUUGCCACUAGACACUAGUAGAAGUAUACAUUAGGCUGUGUGCUGACUGCUGAACACUUCCAUUUGUACUUUUCUUUUGUACCAUCUGCUGUUUAAAUGAGAUUAUGAUGAAUUAAGGUGCAAUUAUUUAAGGAAACAAUGUUGCAUCUUUUUUCCUUCAUAAGGACAAGUGCCGCGUGUGCCUAAUUUUCUUCUCUGUUGAUGAAAUAAAUGAACAAGAGAUGUAUCUGCUCUUC